UCAAGAGAUGAGUAAUCGGUUUUCAGAAUCAAGUACGGAGGUACUUACUUGCAUUGCUUGCUUAGAUCCAAAGGACUCUUUUUCUCAAUUUGAUAUUGGUAAGCUACUCCACCUUGCUGAACUUUAUCCGGAGGACUUUUCAUUGACUGAUCGUGCAAUACUUGAGGACCAACUUGAGACUUACAUUCAAAAUGUACGAGGUGAAUUUUCUAUGAUUGAAGAUUUGGGAAGUCUUGCUAAAAAGAUGGUUGAAACGGGGAAGAAUACAAUUUUUCCAUUGGCAUAUUGUUUGAUCGAGUUAGCAUUAGUUUUACCAGUUGCAACUGCUUCUGUUGAAAGAGUUUUUUCUGCGAUGAAAAUUAUCAAGACUGAUUUGCGUAAUAGGAUGGGGGAUGAGUGGAUGAAUGACAGUUUGGUAGUAUACAUCGAGAAGGACAUUUUUGCUACAAUUGAAAAUGAACAAAUUUUACAGCAUUUUCAACAGAUGAGCACUCGUAGGAUCCAGUUGCCUCCUCUUGUUUGUAUGUCUAGAUCGAUCUGGUGGUUCAAGUAUUAA